AGAAUAUUAAACAAUGAAAAAAUUCACUUUAUCUUAUUUAGUCGAUAGUGAUUCAAAUAAAAGUGUGAACAGUUUAGCUAAUAUUUCCAAUUCAAAUAUUGAAAUGGAUUUGCCAAAAAUUACAGAAUUGCAUAUCAUUAUUAAAGAUUUAAAUAAACAGACAACGCUAAAAGUGAUUGGAGAUGCAAUUAUUUUAGAUAUUAAAAAGAAACUUUUAUUCACUCUUGGUGAUUUAUUAACUGAUUCACAAAAUAUGGGUUUACACCUACCUGAUGAACCAAGUCGUAAAGGGAAAUUCCUAGAAGAAGAGCGUCUUCUAUCGGAGUAUAUUAGUGGGAAAACGAUUAUCAGUUUAGAGUUUAUUUACAAACGUCGAACAAUUCCACCAUUUUAUAUGUCACCAACAUUAUUGAGUAAACUCUCGAAGAACUUCAUCAAAACAUUUUUUCGUUACGUAUCUCGUGGAGAAUGUCAAAAAGUAGAGAAAUUACUGUCUAAAGGAUUUGAUCCAAAUAUACACUGUCCAAAGACUGGAGAAACUCCAUUGACUAUAGCUGUUACACGAUCAAAACCUCAUGAAAUGAUAUCAACAUUAAUCUCCGGUGGCGCACAUCGUGAUUUUUAUUCACUGGCUGGUUAUACACCAUUACAUAAAGCUGUAACCGUUGGAAAUUUUGAAGGGGUCAAGACAUUGCUGGACUUCGGGCAAUCACCGAAUUGCUUAGAUAGAUAUGGUUUGACUCCAUUGUAUUAUAAUAUACUUUAUGAUCCGGAUACGAAAAUAUGUCAUAGUUUACUGUAUGAACAUUCAAAAAUUGGCAUCAUUGAUAAAGAUGGGUUACAAGAAAUACAUCAGGCUACACGUUUAAAUCGUGUUGAACAAAUAAAUUUAUUAUUAAUGUAUGGAGCUGAUGUAAAUGCACGGUGUAAACGUCCAAAAGAAAUGAUUAAAAACAACUUAACUCUUUCUAUACGUCCACAGUCAGUUGAUGGUGAUACACCAUUACAUGUCGCAGCAAAUCAUAAUCAGCGUGCAGCUGUUUUACGUCUGUUAUCUUGGGGAGCUGAUCCAACCCUACUCAAUGCUGAAAAUAUGACACCUAUACAAGUAGCACAGAAUAGUGGAAAUUUAGAAUUAGCUGAUUUAAUUAAAUUAUUUAGAGGUAGAAAAGAAUCUGGUGAUAUAUUUCUUCCAACACCCACGUAUAAUCCCCAUAGACGUGUAAGACAACCUCCACCUAAUUCUUACAUUACUGAACCAUCCAUUUUGCAAACUUGUACUCCAAAUGAUAUAAAUGAAAGUCACCUAAGUUAUCAGCAAUUAAAUAGUACUAACAACAAUAAUAAUCAUUUAUUAAAAAACUCAAACAAAGAUUCAGCUGAUUUUAAUAUCACUGAAAAAAGUGCUACGUGUACAAGUUCAUAUAUGACAACAUCAUCAACUAGACCAAUCGAUUCCAAACCAAUACAACGUGCAGUUUCGUUAUGUGAAUUAAUUCAAUCAAAUCCAUCUGAUAUAGCAACAGGAUCAACAACAAAAUGGAAUGGUGCAUGGGAUUUAGGUCCAAAUGGAUUCUAUAGUCCGUGUUAUGAUGUGAAUGCUAUAUCAAAUCAGACAUAUUGUGAAAUGCCUAAAUAUGAGAAUGGUACGAAUAUAGCUGGAACAUUAACACGGCCAGUGAAAUUAAAGCAAAAAUCUAAAGAUAUGUCCGUAUCAAAAUCUCGAACGGAUGUUUUUACAUCAAAUCUUCAUUGUCGACAACAACAACAACAACUUCAAAGACAACAGUGCCCCAUAAUGCUAGGGUCUGCAAAUAGAAAUCCGUCAAAAGAACGAACAAUAUCACGGGGUCAACAAACGGAUGUUUUAUAUGAUUUUAUCACACAUGAAAACAAAGGAUUCCAACGUGAAGGCAGUCAAACAGAUAGUGGUAUAAGUAAUUCGUCAUGUCGACCGAAUACAUUUGGUUCUUUGAAUCGAAAACACAAUAAUAACAUUCAUCAUGAUCAAAGUGAUAAAUACCAGGAUGGAGUUUUGUCUUCAUAUGAAAAUUUCGGUCAAGGGAAUAUAAAAGAUCCAGCACAUUUUCAAUCUAUUCAAUUUUCAAGAGAUUUAUCAAGUAAUAAUAAUAAUAAUUGUGUAAAUAAACUUAAUCAACAAACAAAUAAUAUCAAAUCAGUUCAUGUUAAUAUAUGUGAUUCAAGACAUUUACGACGAUCAUCUACAUUACAUGAACAUUUAGAUAUGAAACAUUCAACCAAUUCAAAAGACAAUAUACGUACAGUUAUUUUAGAAAGAUAUUCUUAUUCAUCUAAUGGUAUUGAUAAAAAUGAACGUUCUUCAUUUGGUUUAUCAAUUCGUACAGUGAAAAAUUCGUCAGUGAUAGCUGAAUUUACACCAACAACAAAUAAGCCAAGUUUACAAACUGUUAAACGUGUUGUACCAGAUAGUCCAGCCGAAAAAGCUGGUGUUAAAGUUGGCGAUUUCGUCCUGAAAAUUAAUGGUGCUGAUGUUACAAAAGCUUCUUUGAAUCAAGUAGUUGAUUUGUUGUCCAGUACAUCUGGAGAUAAAGUUUCAUUAACAUUACUUUCACCAAAAUGCAUGACACCUUCUGUAUUGAUCAAUAACAGUGAUAGUAUUCAUCGUACUAAUGAUGAAAAUGAUGGAGAUGGUUGCGUUGAGCAUUAUGUGAUUACAAGAAAAUCCAGCGAUGGCAAUUCAAUAAAUUUAAUUAAUAAAAUGAUUUUACCAACACAAUCUGUUAAAUGUAAUCAAACAGUGAGAAGUACAAAGCAAGCUAGACAUUCAACUAUUUCACCGACUUCAUCUGAGCGAAGUUCUGACAGAACAUAUAAAUCUUCACUGAACGAGAAUUCUUGUUUAACAGAUGAGGGUGUAUAUUGUCAGUCACUCUGUACCAGUUCGAACGUAUCCGGACGUAGUUCUUCAAGUAGCCGACUUAUUACAAAUUCAAAUCCAAUACAACAAUCUUAUAUGCCAAAUAACAAGCAACCAUCUGAUGCAUCAACUCAUAGAGUACGAUUUCAAGGAUUGCCACGAUCACAAACAACAAAUGGUAUUUCUGAUAUUUGUCACGAUAAAUCUGGAAAUUCCAUGAUAAAUUCAUUAUACUUUCCUCGCCAUCCAAGAUUUCAACGUGUUGGUUCAAAUGAAUCUCAGAACUCUUCACAUUCUCAAACUUAUUAUACACAAAUGCCUAGGCAACAAAAUGGUGAUUUACAUAUAGUUGAUGAAAGAUUACAUAAACAUUUUAGCAGUGAUUAUCCAGCCAGUGUAACACGUGGAAUCUCAACAAAGCAAUCACCUUUACUACGUUCAUAUUUUACACCGGAACAACAGAAUUUAUCCAUUAUAACAGGUAAACCAUCACAUCUCAUUAGACGACCGAUAUCAUUGAACCCGGAGACAAGAAAGAAAAGUAUCAAUUAUCUAUCGGACAAUGAAUCACCAUCUACGAUACAAACAUCAUUAACAACAACAACUACUACUACAGAAACAAUAAAUAAUACAAUUACAAGAACAUCGAUCAGAGAUGAAUCAAGAUUAUCAAUUAGAGGAAGUUCUCCGACCAAUUCAGAAUUUUUACUGCCACCACCUGCUGAAUUUUCUAAUUAAUUUAGUGCGAAUAUCUUUCUGUCAGCCUUUUCUUACAUAAUGCUUUUAAAAAAUCUGUCAAAUUUAUUACACACAAUUAAUAUAUAGGCACAUAUCAGCACAGUAUCUUAUGUAAGUCAUCAACACUGUUGUUGUUAUUGUUACUAUUGUAGUCAAUGUAGUCUUUAUUAUUAAUAUCCAUUAAAGAAUUAUUGUACAGCUGUGAUAAAAAUUUGAGUUUACUUAAUUCUUCAUAAUAACUUUAUUUAUUAGAUACCAUUAGUUGAUUGUUCAUUAAAUUUGAAAAAUGGACUGACUUCAAUAGAACUUUUUCUUUUACAUUUGUAACCAAUUGACUAAAACAAAAUUUAAAUUUGUGAAUUAGUAAAUUUGUAGAUCAUAAGAUUCAAUAUUUAAAUAAAGCCAAUAAAAAUUGUUUUGCUAAAACACAAUCAGUUCCUUUCUUUUUGUUUUUGUUUUUCAUUCAUUUUUAAUGGAAAUUAAUUAACAUUUUUUGACUUUCUUCAAAAUGCUCCACUGCUUAUUUAAAUCAAAUAGAGUCAUUAUCAUUUGUGAUAAUCUGACUAGAACAUAUACACUGAAUGUAUUAUUUCUGCAAAUAUAAUGCCAUGAUUAUUCACUCGAUUAUUCAAGAUUUGAGCUACGUAUUACCACACUGUUGUUAGUUAUAACUUUAUUUGUCCAUUUCUUAUGCUCCAUUGUUUUGAUUCUAUUGACCUUUUCUGACAUUCGAUCGAUUUAUAUGUUUAUCAUUUUUUUCUUUCUUCUUUCCAAGUAUUAUCUUCUUUUUUAAACACAUUAUCUUAGUGUAACAUCUCAUCUUUCAAAAUGUGAAUGAGCAAGCAUGUGUUUCGCUUUUCCCAGCCAGAUAUGACUUAUUUAUGCUCAACUUUUCCUUGUACGAUUUAUUUGUUUGUAUAAAAGCACAUUUUUCUUAAUAACACGUAUUGUGUAUUAUUUUUCAACAAGAAUCAUUGCCUAGUUUCUUUUGAAAUACUUCUUCAAUAUAUUUCGCUUUUAAUUUCAAAAUAAAUAUACUGCUUAUGGUAAAUA